AUGUCUUCUAUCUGUUGGUGGAGCGCAGGGCUGACGUCAUCCCCCUCCCUUGGGGCUCGAACUCGGGCUAGAGCUGCCUUCGGGCCAGCCCGUCUUUGUGGGUCCCACUCCCAACCCGGGCUUGGGCUCCUCACUGGAACUGGGCCUUACAAAAUGCUUUACCUUGUCGUUGGGCCCUUACCUAUAGACAUAUUGGAGAUGAUAGUUGCUGCCCUCAAUGCCAUGGCUCUCAGGAAACCACUAUUCAUGCUUUAUGGGGCUGUCGGACGUCACCCUGAUGACUUGUAUGCUACUGCUCAUCGUCUUUCAGUUGAAUUUAUCUCCACCAACACUGCACCUGUGCAUACUCACUCUCCCUCUUCUACUCAUUGGUGUCCUCCCCCUCCUGGUAAGUUGAAACUGAAUGUAGAUGGUGCUUGUAGUACUUCCGUUUGGAAGUGUGGAUUGGGGACAGUUGUAAGAAAUGUGCAUGGAGAUCUUUUGAGUGCUAUUUUAGUCCCUAUCACUGGAUGUUUCUCUGCCAAGAUUACUGAACUCUUAGCAAUUUGGGAAGGCCUUCAGUUUGCAUGGGAGGCCAGUUACGAUUCAUUAGUAGUUGAGACAGAUGCGAAGAAUGACAUUAACGACAUCAUCUCUAGCACUGAGGCUUUUGAGGCUGUAGGGGGGAUUAUCAACGACAUCCAUAUGUUAUCUAGAAACUUUGAAUCUUUUUCUUUUGUAUUUGCUCCCAGAUUGCAUAAUACUGUGGCUGAUAGACUUGCUAAGUUUACUUUAGGUGUGUCCAUAGACGUUUGA